GUAGUCCUAUCCCCACCUGCUAGCUCACGUCGAUAUUCUUCUCAACAAAACCAGAGUUCGCGUCGGUCGAGCGAAAGCGGAGAAAGCGAGGAAUUCGAUCUCAUUCUCCAGGCGGAAAGAGCUCAGCUCGAAGAGAUCGCAGAGCGUGAGCUCGAAGCUGCCAAGCACAAGAAAAUUGAUCAUGAUCGGAGUGAAAAACAAUUGAAGCAAGCAGUGAAGACAGAAGCAGUCGAGAUGCAGAGUUCUUCCAAUCGUUCAAAGUACAAACCUGUGGCUUUCGCUGUCCGGACCAAUAUCAGCUUCGAUGGUGUAUUCUACGGCGCCGAUGCCCCAGCUCCCACAAGGGUCAUCUCUUUUGAACCAAGAGAUUUUCUUCAUAUAAAGAAACGAUUCGAUCCUCAUUGGUGGAUUGGACGUUUGGUUCGAAUUGGCAGUCCCUUAGGUUUCAUUCCCAGUCCGGCAAAGUUGGAGCAGAUUCAUAGCACCAAUGCCCCCCACCUGGCACCCCAGACUGGAGCGGAUCUACCAGCCAACCCAGGUGCGGCUAUACCACCCCAUAUAAAGUCUUCCUCGGAUGCUGAUCGAGGUAGACCACGCAGUCUCCUGUACGGUUCGGCUGAUGAUCGACGGGGUCCAGUGAUGGCAGGCAGUCGACAAGUGCAGCCUGAGUCUUCUCCGCCGAUCGACUUCGGACCUGAUGCUUAUGACGAUCAAGACGAUUAUCGGGAAGGACAUGGACUCGGCGCCUCUCCACCAGAUGCGGGAGGUGUUGCAGUGUCGGGAAAGAAACAAACCCAACUACCGGGAAUGGGUCCUGGUGUGAAACGCAAAGUCUUUUCCAAAAAGCCGGAUUUCGUCGCUCCCUACGAAGUUGUCCCGUGUAUGCGUCCAGUGGUUUUCGUUGGUCCGGCUCUCAAAGGUUACGAAGUGACAGAUAUGAUGCAGAAGGCCAUCUUCGAUGCCAUGAAGAAGCAUUUCGACGGCAGAAUAAUCGUUAGUCGUGUAAGCACGAAUAUCUCCCUGGCCAAACGUGUUGGUGCUCUACUCCACUUGGACAAGAAGAAUGUCAUGGAACGCGGCAGGGGUCGCCAUCUGGUUACUCUUUUGGAAGUUCAACAGGACCUCGAACGCAUCUUCCAUUUGGCAAGCAAAAUGCAACUGCUUCUGCUCGACUGUGACACCAUCAAUCAUCCGAGUCAAAUUUCAAAGACAUGCUUGGCUCCGAUAGUGAUCUAUAUUAAAAUAAACAGUAUUCGAGUACUCAAUCGAUUAAUUAAAAAUCGAGGCAAGGAGCAGAAGAAGAACGCCGGCGUUCAGACUGCCGCAGCGGAAAAGCUACUUCAAUGUCCUCCGGAUGCCUUCGAAUUCGUUGUGGACCAGAAUACACUUGGCGCAGCAACAGAUGCUCUUCGUCAAUUUCUUGAGGGCUACUGGGCAGCCACACAUCCAAUCUCAGAACAGUCCAAAGCAGAACGUAUCUUGGGCGCGGACCCGAUUGAACCGGAUUCCGACCGUCCACUGGUACCAAUGACUCCAGGCCAUCCUGGGCUUAGUGUGGUGACCAAGUCGGCUCUUGACGCAGGGUUUACCAGCCAGGAGGUUAGUGCUUUGACCGGUGCUCGGGCAGCCGGUUGGGCCACGGAAUCCGGUAUACCAGCAGAGAACGAGCUCGGACUCACCGGUGUUCGAUAUGGUGGAAGUUUGGGAGGAGAUGCUCAUGGGAUGGGGCGUGGAGUGCAAGGCAACAAAGGAGCGGAAGGUGACGCAGAAGAGUACGGGCAUCAGUCAUUAGGCGAAGGGGAUAUGGACGGGGCACAAACCUACGACGAUUCGCCACGCUAUGGAUCACGUUCUCUUAAUAGACAGAACCGACUCCAGGUUGGAGCCGCCCACGCGGCUGCCGUGGCUGCAAUGACAGCUGGUUUGGUACCAAAAGGACACAAUGACCAAGCUUCAACGCAGAUUCACCAUGAGAAGCGUUCUACAGAGACCUCGGAUCGAGAAGCUCAUUGGAAUGCGGGGAACAGAAGUGGUCCUGGACUUGCGAUGGGUCUAGCCAGUGGUGUUGCGGCCACGAUAAAUGCUGCGCUGUUCCAGGGAACUGGGAUCCGGCACAAUGGUCCGCUAGCAAAGAAUCCCACGCCAUCACCGACAGUUGCUGCGGCCGCUGCAGCCGCUGCAGUCAGACCGCCUCCUUUGAAAGAUCUGGGUAUUCACCAGGUGGAGUGUACGGACGGUACACACGUCUACCAGAGUCGGUCUGCUCGUCAGGCGAAACAACGAGAAGCCGAGUUGGAACGUGUACGUCGCGAAGCAGAGGCCAAAGUUCGUGCCCUUCAAUCCACUGUGGGCGGUAGGCGGAGACGUAAGGUACGAGAUCGGAAAAUGCACGAUGGCGAUAUGGCAACGGGUGGUGAGUGGAAUGCCAGGAACGGUGAUGGGUCUUCCCUCGAACGUCCUGCACUGGUAACCAUGGAUGGUACACAGAGAUAUGGUGUUGUCCCAUCGAGGCCGACGGUACGUAUUGGAGAGGAAUACGAUGCCUAUGACCCGGAAUAUUUCGUUCCCGGUGGAAAUUAUCCAGGUACCGGUCCGACAGUACAGGUCUACCAGAGUCGGUCUGCUCGUCAGGCGAAACAACGAGAAGCCGAGUUGGAACGUGUACGUCGCGAAGCAGAGGCCAAAGUUCGUGCCCUUCAAUCCACUGUGGGCGGUAGGCGGAGACGUAAGGUACGAGAUCGGAAAAUGCACGAUGGCGAUAUGGCAACGGGUGGUGAGUGGAAUGCCAGGAACGGUGAUGGGUCUUCCCUCGAACGUCCUGCACUGGUAACCAUGGAUGGUACACAGAGAUAUGGUGUUGUCCCAUCGAGGCCGACGGUACGUAUUGGAGAGGAAUACGAUGCCUAUGACCCGGAAUAUUUCGUUCCCGGUGGAAAUUAUCCAGGUACCGGUCCGACAGUACAGGGUAUGUCACGUGCCUGUCCGCCCGACGAUUAGACGGCAAGUGGGUACUGUGUUCGACUUCCUCGGUCGCUGGGACCCUCAUUUACCAAGAUCUUUCACGACUGCCCAAUGGAUGAGCAUAGCUACCGACAUACGAUCAUGAUCAUUUUCCUGUAUCUCGUUUGGUGUUUCUUCUAAUUUGGCCACGUACCAUGCUUUGUACAUAUUUCAUACACACCUAAUUGCCUCAGAGAGAUAUCACAUGAUGGAAGUCCACUACCAGAUACACGUACCCCUGACUUGGCAUCUCACCAUGUGAACUGAUUAUCUAGGAUGUCAAACUUUCACAGAAUUUUGAACCAAGAGAGACAAUUUUUGUGCGAAUCAAAUGUAGCUAUACAUUCAGUUAUAUCACGUGAAAACGAUGCACAUAGGUAGCCGCUGGUCUUGGAUUGGAUUAUGAGGUUUUUUUCAGGUUCCGAAUAAUCACGAAACAUCACUGAUUCUCACAUGUAGUAGUGACUCAUUCAUCC